AUGGAACGGAAAGCAUGGACUGGGUUUGGGUUGGAUUGGAUGGAUGGCUGCUCAGAAUGGGGCCUUUGCACCGGUGGGAGUGGAAACCAAUUAGCUGGAGAACCGCUUUUCCCAAAGUCGGUGGAUCCCUUGAACCUCGCCUCCGGAUUGGAGUCCUCCUGCAGCUCGUUAUCGCUGCACACUGAUUGGCUGAAAAGGUCUUGCCACGUUGCCAUUGGUCAGUGCCCCUCCAGGCCAGCACGGACAGUCCCCGAACCACUGAAACCCGCCUCGAAUAUUCUAGUCGGCCUUAGUCUAGCAGCCGCUACGCCUGGCUGUGAACUAUCCUCAAGGCACAUCCCUGCCGCUGCAGCUCUAGACCGGGUGCGAGGCGGUGGCAGGAUGUACCUAGUACCUGACUACUCAGGAUCCCUCCCUGGCACCAGAGAGGGAUUCAAGCAAGUUAGGAACUAUAACUGCUGCUCGUUAUAUGGAAGCGCCUGGAAAAUGCGCUGGCGUCUCAAUUUCGAGGCGAUUCGAUACGAUCGUGAAGCAGGCCGCUUAAGCGCUUGGCCGGAUCGACCGCUAAGUAGACAUCAAACACGGAUGUAACCCAGAGCAGGCUCCUGCGUUAGGAACUGAUAACUGAGGCGACUCCGUGUUUAAGCGCCAAGCUAAGCAUCAAGAACAG